ACCCUCCGAACUUUUCGGAUCUGACGACGGGCGGACUGGACGGUUCCGAGGCGAAUUCCACAGCUCCACUGCUGCUCGACCAAUCAGCGAGGCCUCAAUCCUCCGGCCAAUGGAGUUUCGAGACAGAGGGACUCGAGCUCGCCAAGUCGGCACUGCCGGUCUCGAGCUCGCCGCCUCGCGUAUGGACGCAAAAGCUGGAAAACCGGCCUCAUGCCCAAGACCGCGACCUGAGCACCAGCCGAAGCGCAAAGCUCGAGUCCACAGACGAGACGGCAGACGAUCCGGUCGUCUGCUCCGACGCGAUCGGCGAGUCCGAGGAUGCGGAUGAGCAGAGCCGUUGCUGGGGCACAUAUUCUCGUCGCCCACUCGCCUCGAUGCGACUGGCCACGGACUCGGAGUCGAUCGGUACGUCGGACCCAAGCCCCAAGUUGAUGGGCAAGUUCGGGCCCAUUUCGACGGAAGACCGGUUGGUCGGUAUCCCCGCUUUUGAGAGACGUGAGGAGGACGAGGAGGAGGAGGGGGGCAGGCGUCAAGCCGACGAAGUGGUACCUCCGGAGCGCUUGGCGCCGGGGCAUGUGUGGAUCAGUGCCGCGAUCGUGGCCAAUCUGGCGAGAGAACAUGAGGAAACUGUUCAAGCGGCUCGUCAGAGUCUGGCUGAUCGGAACCACACGCAAAUUGAUUCGGAUCAUGACAAAGAUCGGCUGCGUGUCCAACAGGAACGGGCGAAACAGCAGAAAUUGUGGUCGUUGACCAAAUUGAUGCGCACCCUCAUGGGAGAACGACUGUUGCGAGAUCAGCCUCCGCCGUUGGAGGAGGCGUUGUUGUGGCCGAGUCGAGGCUGGCGGAGCGAACCGGACGAGACCGGUUGGAGUCCGCCGACGGAGGCGGAGGACGAGGUGACGACGCUGCCUCGAGACAGAAGCCGACUCGGCGUGGCCUCGUCGUCUGUCCUUCAAGACGACUACUCGAACGAGGCGGGACUCGAAGACGAGCCGACCGAUCGCGGCGCAAGCAGACACAAAGUGGCCAGACACGUCGUCCGCGAAGACAGACCAAGUGACCGUCGAGUCGUCCUCGACUGGCCGCGAGUGUCGGUGCCCGAAGAGGAUGGUCGUUUUCAAGAACUGCUUCGCGGACACAUU